AUGUCUGACAACGAGCACAGUGCGCCACCCGUCAAUGAACCUCCUGCUUUGGAGGGCUCAGGCAGCGUCGAGGAGCGGCAGGCUGAGGCCAGCCACAAUCAGGCACUAUUGGCUCUUGAAUCUUGGCACACCGCUAAAGAAAGGCAGACUAACUAUUACGUGGCUCAAGGAAGAGCAAUUAGACAUGUUGUUACUCUGUUUGAUAGCCUUGAGGAUCUAGUUGCCGAAAAUGACCAGAGGUAUGACGUUGAAGAGGAUGCAGAAAAUACCACUGAUCAAAAUCACUUACAGAUAGGCUACAUGACGUUCACAAAUACCAUGCAGUGGUUUUUUGAGAAGGCCAUGGAGAUGGAGUAUGAAGAGUAUGCACAAAUGUUAAAAAUGCUUCAGCAAGGGGCCAAUGCUGCUCGAGGGGACGAUACCUCCAAACUGAAGGUUCUCGUUUCUGAGUGGGUCAACUGUGAAUUCAAGCCAGAUCCUCUGGUCGAUCCAGAUGACAAACAUUCGCAUGGGUUUACUAAUGAUGCAUGCGGUAGGUUACUUUGUCCUUCGGAACUUGAUUGGAACAAUCCAACUGUAAAGGCGGGCAUUCGAGAUCACGCAGAUGGCUACAUUGUAACUGACCUCUUCUUUCCAGCAUUUGUUUAUGAAAAAUACACUGUGAAACCUGACGAUCUGGAGGAGGGACUAUUCAAGGGGAAAAUCCUUAUUCAGGCAUACAAAGCAGUAUUUACGUCGCCUUCCUCAGCUAAAGACGUCAACGGUGAUGGUGAUGGGGUUAACAUCAUUCAAAAUAACCAAUGCGCUAGGAAAUCCUUCAAUGGACUUAAGGUCAAGAAACACAUAGUGCAGAUCAUCAAUAUGGUGAAAGUUACCCCUCAGUCAAUUGCAUACAUAGUUUGCCAAGUCCGGUUUGCGCUCUCUUCCAUCACUUCCUGGCAGUCAGUUGAUGGAGACUUUGACUAUGUCCAAUUUUGGCAGACUGUUGUCGACUUCUUUGAAAGGCCUCCUGGUUGA